GGGAUCUCUCAACACACUCCGAUAGUAGCAACCACUCGUACAAACAAAGCAACUAAACCACCUGACCCCUGACCAAAAGAGAUCGACACCCACAGCGAUCGAUCGAUCGAUAUUAUUACAUAUCCCUCAACUACUCACUGGCCGUAGCCCUUUGUUGCAGCUCGGUGCAUGUGUUUGCACAAUGAGCUACCUCCUCUCCUACAUCUCCAAGAUGCUGUGCAUCAAGAUUCCGUCGGAGGCGAGGCAAGCCAGCGAGGACGGCGGCAGCGGUGGCCUGACGGAGUGCUCCGUCUGUCUCUCCAGGAUCCGUGUCGGCGAGGCGACGAGGCGUCUGCCCUGCCGGCAUGCGUUCCACCGGGACUGCGUCGACCGGUGGCUCCUCUCAUGCAGGCGGACGUGCCCGCUUUGCCGGGUUUACGUCGUCGUCGACGGUAACAAGCCAGGGGUGGCAGCGAAGCACACCGGCGAGCCGCCGCUCGCUGAAGACAUGGUGAUCUGGUUCUCUGCCAUGCUCGUCCCUGGAUUCUGACAUGUAUAUCUCUGAUGUCUAAGCGCAAUGCUUUUUAUUUGUUUGUUUCCUGCCUGGAAACCGGUUUGUUUUUUUUUUCUUAUAUUAUGCAAAUUAACAUGACGAUUUCACGCUUGUAGCGUUUGUAUGUACGCUUACGCUCACAUCGUCAGCAUUUUUUUUCUUUUGCAAGUUUUCUAUUGGGCGUUGAUUACCUAUUCAAGAGAACUGAAAAAAAAAUAAGUAGGUAUAUAUAAUAAAAACGGUUUCUUUAGAUUUCCUUUAA